CCGUGACGGACGGCCGACGGGGCGGGAUCCUUCUGGAAGGUUCUGCGACGGGCUAUAAGAGCCGGGGUGGCGGGCGGAAACCGGUCUCAUUGAACGCGGUGGCAGCUGUCCGGGUGUGCGCGUUUUCUUCGCCGGCGGAACCGGGCCUACACGCUAGCAACCAUGUCGAAGGGACCUGCAGUUGGCAUUGAUCUUGGCACCACCUACUCCUGUGUGGGUGUCUUCCAACAUGGCAAAGUGGAGAUCAUUGCCAACGAUCAGGGCAACAGAACCACGCCAAGCUACGUCGCCUUCACAGACACCGAACGUUUAAUCGGCGAUGCCGCAAAAAACCAGGUGGCCAUGAAUCCCACCAACACCGUUUUCGAUGCCAAACGUCUGAUUGGACGUAGAUUUGAUGAUGCUGUUGUCCAGUCUGACAUGAAGCACUGGCCCUUCAUGGUGGUGAACGAUGCAGGCCGGCCCAAGGUCCAAGUCGAAUACAAAGGCGAGACAAAAAGCUUCUAUCCAGAGGAAGUCUCCUCUAUGGUUCUCACAAAGAUGAAGGAGAUUGCAGAAGCCUAUCUUGGGAAGACUGUCACCAACGCUGUAGUCACUGUGCCAGCAUACUUCAAUGACUCUCAGCGCCAGGCAACAAAAGAUGCUGGAACCAUUGCUGGUCUCAAUGUACUGAGAAUUAUCAAUGAGCCAACUGCUGCUGCUAUUGCUUAUGGCUUAGACAAGAAGGUUGGAGCUGAAAGAAACGUGCUGAUCUUUGAUUUAGGAGGUGGCACUUUUGAUGUGUCAAUUCUUACCAUUGAGGAUGGGAUCUUUGAGGUCAAAUCCACAGCAGGAGACACCCACUUGGGUGGAGAAGACUUUGACAACCGCAUGGUCAACCAUUUCAUUGCCGAAUUCAAACGCAAGCAUAAGAAGGACAUCAGUGAGAACAAAAGAGCUGUCCGCCGUCUUCGUACUGCUUGUGAGCGUGCUAAGCGCACCCUCUCCUCCAGCACACAGGCCAGUAUCGAGAUUGACUCCCUUUAUGAAGGCAUUGACUUCUAUACAUCUAUUACCCGUGCUCGAUUUGAAGAGUUGAAUGCUGACCUGUUCCGGGGCACUCUGGAUCCUGUAGAAAAAGCCCUUCGUGAUGCCAAACUAGACAAGUCACAGAUCCAUGACAUUGUCUUGGUUGGUGGUUCCACCCGUAUUCCCAAGAUCCAGAAGCUUCUACAAGACUUCUUCAACGGGAAAGAGCUGAAUAAGAGCAUUAACCCAGAUGAAGCUGUUGCUUAUGGUGCAGCUGUCCAGGCAGCCAUUCUAUCUGGAGACAAAUCUGAAAAUGUUCAAGACUUGCUGCUCUUGGAUGUCACCCCUCUGUCCCUGGGUAUUGAGACUGCUGGUGGAGUAAUGACUGUACUCAUCAAACGCAAUACCACCAUUCCUACCAAACAGACUCAGACCUUUACCACCUACUCUGACAACCAGCCCGGUGUGCUCAUUCAGGUAUACGAAGGUGAACGGGCCAUGACCAAGGACAACAACCUGCUUGGAAAGUUUGAGCUCACAGGCAUACCUCCUGCACCAAGAGGCGUUCCUCAGAUUGAGGUCACAUUUGACAUUGAUGCCAAUGGCAUCCUCAACGUCUCUGCUGUAGAUAAGAGCACAGGAAAGGAGAACAAGAUCACAAUCACCAAUGACAAGGGUCGUCUUAGCAAGGAGGAUAUUGAACGCAUGGUUCAGGAAGCUGAGAAAUACAAAGCUGAAGAUGAGAAACAGAGGGACAAAGUAUCAUCUAAGAAUUCCCUGGAAUCUUAUGCAUUCAACAUGAAAGCAACAGUUGAAGAUGAGAAGCUGCAGGGCAAGAUCAAUGAUGAGGACAAACAGAAGAUCCUUGACAAGUGCAAUGAGAUCAUCAAUUGGUUGGAUAAGAAUCAGACUGCAGAAAAGGAAGAAUUUGAGCACCAGCAGAAGGAGCUGGAGAAAGUGUGCAACCCUAUCAUCACCAAGCUGUACCAGAGUGCCGGCGGGAUGCCCGGAGGAAUGCCUGGUGGCUUCCCUGGUGGUGGGGCUCCUCCCUCCGGCGGGGCUUCCUCUGGGCCCACCAUUGAAGAGGUUGACUAAGGCAGCCCAAACACAUGUAGCAUUGUUCCACACAAUAAAAGAUUUAAAGACCCAAAUUUAGCAACUUCUAUAGCAGUUUUUAAACGUUGAGCUGCUGUAGUGAAUUUCUGGGCAUUUCUCAAUACUUGAAUAUGGAACAUGUACACAGGGAAAAACAUUAACAUUGCACUUUAUAAAGCACCGUAUUGUAAGUGGAAAAUGCAAUGUCUUAAAUAAAUAUAUUUAAAAUUGGCACA